AAAGCACCACGCAGGCACCCCGUGGGAGGAGGCGACGGGUUGUAAACUGGGGACUUUGCUUCCUGCAAAUCAGUUGAAAUCAACAGGUGGGGUUAAGGAACUGAUAAGCAGCUGCUCAUCCAAAACUUUAUUCUCCUUCUCUUUCUCCUUGUUCCCAGAACAGCUUUCCAGCCUGACACCUAAAGACUGUCCCCAUCUCCUCCUGCAAGCUAUAUCGGCCGCUUGCGGCUGGGGGCCGCUUGCGGCUGCGACAGCUUCCACGCUCACCAACCCCAUGGAUGUCAUCAGGGCUCGGGUUCAGGUGGAAGGCAAGAGCUCCAUCAUCCUCACUUUCAAACAGCUGAUGGCAGAGGAAGGACCCUGGGGCCUGACGAAAGGCCUCUCCGCCCGCAUCAUCUCGGCCACUCCCUCCACCAUCGUCAUCGUGGUGGGGUAUGAAACCCUGAAGAAGCUGAGCCUCCGCCCGGAGCUGGUGGAUUCCAGACACUGGUAG